AUGUGGCUGCAGAUCCGAGCAAACAAUCUGAUUGCCCUCACCAACAAGGGGCAAAAGGAAUGGGCUGGGAAUGAAUCCAAUGUCUGUGGAUUCGGAAAAGGCUCUUUCAAGAUCAUCAAGAUGGAUGCAGAUCUUCCUGACGGAGCCAUUGAAUUCAGCUUGUCCGGUUCUGAUGACUUGGUUUGCUACAAGGAUGUGGUCCAGAAACUGGGUGAUGUGCUGAAAGAGCUCCGCAAGAAAAACCCGGAGACCAAGGUGACAUACUACAAGCUCACCUUUGACACCGAUGACCCUCACAAGUUCACUGUGUGCAAGACACACAGAGUGGUUUUCAUGCCCCGCCCAGAGGAGAAGAGUGGCGAGAUGAAGGAGUUCAACGCUGGCUGCCGCGAGAAGCUGCAGCUGUGGGAGAACAGUGCCAGUUGCACUGUGCUGUGGCAUGUGAAAGCAAGCCCGGUCAAGGGACUCAUUCCUGUGAAGCCGGCUGUGUUUCUCCGCGGCAGUGCAUCGAUCGGUCCAGGCCAGUCUUUACUUUUGGCUAAGCCAUCUUGA